AGAGCCCCCCAUAGAGAGGGUCUCUCGCCGGAACAUAGAUUGUUAUUUGGCGACAGUGACAGUCCCGCACAGAAUUAUCUGCUCAGUGCUAAAGUUGUACUCGUGCUGCGUAGCUCGUGCUGGGCAAGGCCGUUUCUCGACACGCCCACCCGCCACCGCCCCCGCGCGCCCCCUGCCACGCCCCCACAGCUGGGAGCAGCAGCUGCUUUUUAGUAGUAAAAGUAAAGUGUGCGUGCGCGUUUCGCGGCAAACGGAACUGCCGCCGGUUGUAAAAGGCACAGGAUAAAAACGAAUUUGAAAUACGAAAAUCAAAGCCACUUUUUGCAUAAUACGCAGCGCAGUUCGGGGGGAAAACAAGAAAUUUAAGCGGCGCGUAAAUAUACUAUUUACUUUCUCGUGCAAGUCCCCACCCCCCCGCCAUCGGAUUCCCACCCCCUUCUAUCAACGAAGCGCCAGCCCGUGUUAUCAGCAAACGAAGCGCGACAAAAACACAGAAACGUACUAAAAGAAAUAGAGGAAAAAAAAACACACAAAAAUAUAUAUAAAACCAAAAUGAAAAGAAAAUGCAUUUGAAUGCGUGAGUGUGUGCUUAGCGCGAAAAACUUACUCACAAGAAAGGAACUGGUUGGCCCUCAAUCAAAGGGAAAAAUCAACUGUUAACCGGCGAGUGGACGCAUUUAAAGCCAUCGAAAAAGACAAACAAAAGGGCAGACGUGCAUGAAGUAAAAUCUGGCGGCUAACCGGCCGAUGAGUCUGGCCCAUCAUCAAUUACCCCAGUGCCACGCACCUGGCCGUUAAAGUCAAGGAGUGUGGAGAGCAACAGGUUGGACUCCAGCACCCCCAUAAGUGGGCGAGUACGUGACUUAAUCAGCGGACGCAGCAGGAUUCGGAGCCGGGCUAACGAGGCGACCAGAAGGAUCGGAGGAGGAGGAGGAGGUGGUCCCCACAUUUUGCCCGCAAUGAUUUCAUGCACGGCACAGUGAGCAGCAGCAACAUGACAGAUGUGUCAUCGCCAGCUGGCGGCGCCGCAGCUCCGGUUGAAAUGACCACCAGCAGCUCUACAGCCGCCACAACGUCGUCGUCGUCCUCGUCCAAACCGCUGACCAAUGGCGCCAACAAGGCGGCCACGUCAACGGCAGCUGGAAUUGGAUCUGCAGCUGGAGCUGGAGCUGGAGCCAUCCCCUCCAGCAGUUCCAGUGGCAAUCAGAUCAAACUGGAGCAUCAUCAUCACCGGCAGAGCAAUAACAAUCGACCUGCGGCCACCAGUCGCAGUCCAGAAAUCAAGCUGAGAUCUCCAUCCGGCGAAAGUGAAGCUGCCGCGCGGCUGAUGACACCACCUGCCGCCAGUUCCCCAUCCCAAUCCCCUUCGCUGACAGCCAGCAUACAGACCCAAACAGCCAAGACGAGUGCCAUCUCGGCAUCGCAGCAGGAUGUCGAUGAGGUGGCCCGGCUGUUCGAGGAGAAGCCGGAGGCCUUCGAGAAGUGGCUGACGGAAAGGGCUCCUCCGGAGGCACUAAGCCGGCUGCAGGAGUUCAUCGAGAAUCGCAAACCGCACAAGCGGCCCUCGGUCACCUCCGAUCUCUUCCAGCAGUGGAUGGCCGCCUCGCCCACCGUUCAGCAGAAAUCGCCGAGGAGUCUCUCGAACUCGUCAGCAUCAUCGCUUCCUGAGAGCCGGAGACAUCUGAUGGACCUGGACGAGGGUGAGCUCUUCAUGGAACUGAUUCGCGACGUGGCCAACGAACUGGACAUCGAUGUGCUGUGCCACAAGAUUCUGGUCAAUGUCGGCCUGCUCACCCACGCGGAUCGUGGCUCACUGUUUUUGGCCAAGGGCACGCCCACCAACAAGUAUCUGGUGGCCAAGCUAUUCGAUGUCACUCAAAAGACAGCACUCAAGGACGCAGUGACUCGGGCCAGUGCCGAGGAGAUAAUCAUUCCCUUUGGCAUCGGCAUCGCGGGCAUGGUGGCGCAGACAAAGCAGAUGAUUAACAUCAAGGAGGCCUACAAGGAUGCGCGCUUCAACUGUGAAAUCGAUCUGAAGACCGGCUACAAGACGAACGCCAUCCUCUGUAUGCCCAUUUGCAAUUACGAGGGCGACAUCAUAGGCGUGGCGCAAAUCAUUAACAAAACGAAUGGCUGCAUGGAGUUCGAUGAACACGACGUGGAAAUCUUCCGUCGGUAUUUGACCUUCUGCGGGAUCGGCAUACAAAAUGCCCAGCUCUUCGAGAUGUCCGUCCAGGAAUACCGGCGUAAUCAAAUCCUUCUCAAUCUGGCGCGCAGCAUCUUCGAGGAGCAGAACAAUCUCGAGUGCCUCGUCACUAAAAUUAUGACAGAGGCCCGCGAGCUUCUCAAGUGCGAACGGUGCUCGGUUUUCCUCGUGGACCUCGACUGUUGCGAAGCGAGCCAUUUGGAGAAGAUAAUUGAGAAGCCCAAUCAGCCAGCCGCCCGCGCCAUCAAAUCCGCCGACAGCUUCGAGGAGAAGAAAAUGCGCAAUCGUUUUACAGUGCUUUUUGAACUGGGUGGGGAAUAUCAGGCUGCCAACGUUUCGAGGCCAUCUGUCAGCGAGUUGAGCACCUCGACACUAGCCCAAAUUGCCCAGUUUGUGGCCACCACCGGCCAGACAGUCAACAUCUGCGAUGUCCACGAAUGGGUCAGGGAUCACAACCAGAUUCGGGCCGAGGACGAAAUCGACAGCACCCAGGCCAUCCUCUGCAUGCCGAUUAUGAAUGCCCAGAAGAAAGUCAUUGGUGUGGCCCAACUUAUCAAUAAGGCCAACGGCGUUCCAUUUACCGAAUCAGAAGCCUCGAUUUUCGAGGCUUUUGCCAUCUUCUGCGGCUUGGGCAUCCACAACACCCAGAUGUACGAGAAUGCCUGCAAGUUGAUGGCCAAACAGAAGGUGGCCCUCGAGUGCCUCAGUUACCAUGCCACCGCUAGCCAGGAUCAGACGGAGAAGCUCACCCAGGACGCGAUUGCCGAGGCGGAGUCUUACAAUUUGUACAGCUUCACCUUUACGGACUUUGAGCUGGUGGACGAUGACACCUGUCGCGCAGUGCUUCGCAUGUUUAUGCAGUGCAAUCUGGUCUCUCAGUUCCAGAUACCUUAUGAUGUCCUCUGCCGCUGGGUCUUGAGUGUUCGGAAGAAUUAUCGUCCGGUGAAGUACCACAAUUGGCGGCAUGCUCUUAACGUGGCCCAAACGAUGUUCGCCAUGCUGAAAACUGGAAAGAUGGAGCGCUUCAUGACGGAUCUGGAGAUUCUGGGCCUGCUGGUGGCCUGUUUGUGUCACGAUCUGGACCAUCGCGGCACGAAUAAUGCAUUCCAGACCAAGACAGAAUCUCCGCUAGCUAUUCUGUACACUACUAGCACCAUGGAGCACCAUCACUUCGAUCAGUGCGUAAUGAUUCUCAAUUCGGAGGGAAAUAACAUAUUUCAGGCCCUGUCACCUGAGGAUUAUCGCUCGGUUAUGAAGACCGUGGAAAGUGCCAUCCUGUCCACCGAUCUGGCCAUGUAUUUCAAGAAGCGAAACGCCUUCCUUGAGUUGGUGGAAAACGGAGAAUUCGAUUGGCAGGGCGAGGAGAAGAAGGAUUUACUUUGUGGCAUGAUGAUGACUGCCUGCGAUGUGAGUGCCAUUGCCAAACCCUGGGAAGUUCAGCACAAAGUGGCCAAGUUGGUGGCCGAUGAGUUCUUUGACCAGGGGGAUCUCGAGAAGCUGCAGCUCAACACCCAACCAGUGGCCAUGAUGGACAGGGAGCGCAAGGACGAGCUGCCCAAGAUGCAGGUGGGCUUCAUCGACGUUAUCUGCCUGCCCCUCUACCGAGUGCUCUGCGACACCUUCCCCUGGAUCACGCCCCUCUACGAGGGCACCCUGGAGAACCGACGCAACUGGCAGGACCUGGCCGAGAAGGUGGAGAUGGGCCUAACCUGGAUCGAUCACGACACGAUCGACAAGCCGGUGGAGGAGUUCCUUGCCUGUGCGGAUGAGGAGAUCAAGGACAUCGAGUUCACGGUGACCACCCUCAAUUGCAAUCAGCAAUCGCAGCAUGGCAGCGAGGAUAGCCACACGCCGGAGCACCAGCGAAGUGGCUCCCGGUUGAGCAUGAAGAAGACCGGGGCCCUGGGCAAGGCGGUGCGAUCGAAGCUCUCGAAGACGCUCUACAACAGCAUGGAUGGCUCGAAGCCGAAGACCUCGCUCAAGCUCCUGGAGUCCCACGUCAGCGAGGACAUGGACGACAAGAGUCCCACGAGUCCCUCGCAACCGCAGGCCUCCGGCAGCAUGGGCCGCAUGUCCGCCUCCUCGUCGACCUCCUCGGCCGGCGGCCAGAUGGUGGACAAGUCCAAGAAGCGAUCCAAACUGUGCGCGUUGUUAUGACGAAAGCCGUCCAAUUAGAAUAUGGCGACUCCCUCCAGCACGACGGGCAGUGAGACUGACCACAAGUGCGGAGGGGGGAUGACCGAGUUCUAAUUGGAUUUUGGAUAUUGG